AUGGAACAGGACUUCAGGUUAUCAGUGUUCCUGAGUACCGAGCCAUACUUCCCAUUCCUCGGCGCCCACGCGCCUCCAACCGGCUAUCGGAGCGAGAGCACCGACGAGGAUGGCACCGUGCGCUGCUGCUGCGUUUGCUACACCUUUCUGCGUCAGCAGUGGGAGCAGUACGACCGUGAGAACAAGCCUCAUAGCCAGCGCUUCUACUGGAUGAAGAGGCUCGAUGGGAAACCGUUCAUCGGUGCGGACAUGUCCUUCCAGGGCGAGUAUGCAGCGUCCGUGCUAGGGCUGGGCGGGGACGCAGCUCGCGAAGAACCGGCGGCGUCCCCGCGACCCGCGUCACGGGCGCUCUACCCCCCUGAUGCCCCCGCGCCUCCGCCCGUACCCGCGCACCGCCCGGACAACGCGGACCCCAAGUUUAACAACAACCAACGGUUCCCCGGCAACAACGCGACGACGAACGGCACGACGGAGGAGGAGGGCGUGCUGGACCUGCGCGCGCGCGACCCCUCCGUCAUCUCCGUCGGCUCGCAGCACUCCGGCGCCUCCGAGACCGCGGGCUACCUCGACGCCGUGCGAUCAACCGUGUCCGUGUACUCCGGCAACUCCAACUCCAGUUCCGACCGCGACAUCCUAGACCUUUCCAUGCCGGACAAGAACUCCAUGACGGAGGUGUGCUACGUGUGCGGCGACGAAUACAAGCGCGGGACGCUCUGUAACCUACACACUAAGGAGCCGAAGGACAAAAACGUAAGUCCACUUUGCUGUAGCCGAGUACGGACAACUAAAAUAUGUAAGUUGCUAACUGACGACCUGUCGAUGCCGGACAAGAACUCCAGGACGGAGGUGUGCUACGUGUGCGGCGACGAAUACAAGCGCGGGACGCUCUGUAACCUACACACUAAGGAGCCGAAGGACAAAAACGUAAGUCCACUUUGCUGUAGCCGAGUACGGACAACUAAAAUAUGUAAGUUGCUAACUGACGAUCUGUCGAUGCCGGACAAGAACUCCAUGACGGAGGUGUGCUACGUGUGCGGCGACGAAUACAAGCGCGGGACGCUCUGUAAUCUACACACUAAAGGGCCGAAGGACAAAAACAACAAGCAGCCAUACUUCCCGAUCUUCGGCGAGCAGCACCCGCGGCCGCCGCGCUCGCGGCCCAAGGACGCGCUCGGCACCGUGCGCGCCUGCGCCGCCUGCCACCACCACCUGCUGCAGCAGUGGAGCGGCUACCAGAUGCGCGGCGUCGCGGCGAACGAGCGAGUGUACACCCUCCGCACCCGCCCCCCCUCGCUCCUCCCGCCCUCCCCGCUCAGCCUCGCCAGCUCCGGCGACAAGUCGCUCGCCGCCAACACGCACUCGCCGUCGCUCGAGCGCCCCGCCAGCCAGCCCGCCACCACUGCCUCCUUCGUCUGCUACGUGUGCGGAGUCUCCGCCCCCUCGUCGCAGCUCAGGCUGGUGUACUGCUGUGCGAACCCGGAGCGCGAGCCGUAUUACCCAUUCAUAACGUCGCUCAAGCCGCAUCCUGAAGCCAGUCCUAUUAGUCCACAGGGUAUGGUGCAAAUCUGCGCGUCGUGUUACAAAAGCAUCCCCCACAAAUACCCCUCGUACGGCGAGCCGGAGCCGCUCGUCAACGCCAACCACGCGCACAACAACAACAAUGCGCACGCCAACAACAUUAGGUUUAAGCCGUACGACAUGAAAUCGUCAAGUGCGACGAAACGGCCUGCCGCGCUGCCGCCGUCGCCACACAGCCAACUGGUCGCCGGCGAGAAUGGCAUGGGGCUAUAUAGGUGUUACGUAUGCUGCGGGCUGUUCCCGCAACAGUCGAUGGAGUGGCUGUCGACGACGGCGGAGUACAUGAACUCGCACGCGAUGCACUUCCCGUGCCUCGCCGGCGCCGGGCCGGCGGCGGCGCGCGGCGGGCGCGUGCUGGCGUGCUCGCGCUGCGUGCGCCACCUCGCGCGCCAGUGGGAGCUCAUGGACGCCGAGCGCGUGCCGCUCGAGCAUCGGAGGUACAACAUCCCGUCGCCGCUGCCGAGCAACUCGUCGUUGAACGGCGAGCGAGUCAUCCCCACCCCACCUUCUACUACCUCCGACAGAACCGUCGCUAGUAAUACGUGUACAUCGAUAUAUUGUUUCCUAUGCGGGCUGCACUCUGACUUUACGCUGGCGCGGAUACUGUACGGGCAGCCGCAGGGCAACGCUCCCUACUUCCCCUGUCUCCUCACCCACCAGAGUCUACCAAACGCAGAACAACUACGGGAAAACGGGUCGGCGCUAGUAUGCACAUUCUGUUAUCACUCGCUACUUAGUCAAUGGAGAAGGUACGAGGCGCUGGGCGGCGUGGGCGCGGACCGGCGCGUGUAUAACACGCACGACUACCACUGCCACCUGUGCGGCAUCAAGACGUACCGGAAACGCGUGCGCGCAUUACCUAUUAAGGAAUUCCCAUUUUUAAUGCAAAGGCGGACUGAAAAUUCUUUAUUAUUAGAAAACGGCGACUAUGCCGUUGUAUGUUUAGACUGUUAUGAAAGUUUAAGAACACAAGCGCAAGACUACGAGCGGCGGGGCGUGCCGGUGGACAAGCGCGAGUACAACUGGCUGCAGCAGCCGCCGCCGCCCGAGGACAGCGCCGACGUCACCAUCGCCAGGCUGCCCUCCGGCGACCGCUCCGACAAGCUGAUGUCGCAUCAGUCGCUGGUGGUGUCGCGCGGCGCCAAGCGGAAUAGCCCCAAGCAACCCACGCCGCUGCCCGACCGACGGCCGCCGCCCAAACCCGACAAGGAUCAAGUUGGGAAGCGGACCAGCUUUGCGAGCAAUCCUCUUAUCUGUUAUGACUUCCUGUUCUUGCUGGUGUCGCUCCAGAGUACACUCGACUUCGUACAGCUUAGUGCUGUAUAUCAUUCAGGUGUCCACAACUGUUCUUAUGUUAGAUUCUUCUACUUUGAAAUAUUUAAAGAACGGAUAAAGGAUACAGUCUAA